GGUGGUCAUGACGGUUGGUCAUUAACACGGGGGAAUUUGAGUCAAAAUGUCUAAAGAAAUAACUUUUAUUAAAGAGUUUCCAAACGUGGUUCUGCUAUAUACCCACUUCUUCUCCACUUACCUCAUAUCAAAAUAAAAGUCCAGCAGGUGCGCCAUAUGUUGACAAAAAAGGAAUAACUUGUGGGGUACUUGUAUUUUGACAUGAGGUAAGCAGAGGACUUGGGUCUAAAACAGACCCACGUUUGGAAAGUUUAAUAAUAAGUAGCUUUAGAUAUUUUGGCUCAAAUUCCCUCUGUUUAAAGGACCAACUGUCCUACACACCGGCUCAGUAAGUUGAAGUGGAAUUUAUGAGAUGUGAGGGUACCUACAGCUGACUGAAGUGAAGGCCAGCAUCUCAACCAUGGGGAAGCGGUAUUACUGUGACUACUGUGACCGGUCCUUUCAGGACAACAUGCACAACAGGAAAAAACACCUGUAUGGUGUUCAACACCACAGAUCUAAAAAGGCCUGGUUUGACAAUUUCAGGGAUGCAGCAGCCAUCCUGUAUGAUGAACAAACUAAGAAACCCUGCAGGAAAUUUCUUCAGACGGGCCAGUGUGUGUUUGGCAACAACUGUAGGUUCUCUCACAUGUCAGAGAGGGACAUGGAGAACCUAAGAAUGCAGAUUGAAGAUGAAAGACGGAGCAGAGAGGACCCGGAGCACAGAGCGUCCCCUGAGCGGAGCAUAGAGGAGUGGCUCACCAGGAGAGAGAAGAAGAGAGCCGCCCUAAGCAGUGGAAGUGUUCUGAAAGAGGAAGAUGAGGAGGAUGAAAAUAAUCAACCAGAGAAUGACAUACCGCCACAUUUCCUCACCAUUCCUGACCUUCCUCCUUCCCUUCUGCCCCCUCCCCCUGGAGGAUGGAAAGUCAAAGUCAGAACUGAAUGGGGUUGAAGGGGCAUUGCAGUUAAUGACAGUUCCACACUGAGGUCAAAAUAACAACCUGAAAUUUGUUAAAAUUAUGGUAAUGCCUUUUUCGUGUAAGAGCUGUUUGUAAAAAAAAAAAAAAAGAACUGGAAUUUCAACCUGUUCAGGUGGGGUGGAUUUUUUUGGUAACUGAUCUGAAUAUUCUGACCUAUGACCAGUCAUCUUUUAUUUGUAUACUCAUCCUACUUUGAAGGGGUAAGCAGGGUAGGCUCAGAGUCAAGACGAUCCUAUCCGCCAGUCAGGGUUGUGUAUGUUAAUAUAUUUACAUUUGUAUCAACACACCCACACAAUCAGACUGAGCAUUUCAAUGGCAAAAGGAGCCUCAGGGAAAUAAAUAUUUUCGUGAAAUAAACACACAGUCAUUUAUUAGACAUACAGUGAUUUUAAAAUGAUUAAGACUGCAUGGGAGCUUUAAAGCUGGGUCACCAUUUUUUGCUCAAAGUUUGAUGUGGUGAUGCAAGAACGGAUCAUUAAUUGCUAUUAGGGCUCAAACUUUGACUUGAUAGAAGUGAGUGAAUUUGUAACACAUUUUAAUUGAUUUUCUCCUUCACCGACUACAUUAAAAUUCAGUUGCGUGCAUGCAGA